AUGGUUCAACUAAGUUAUGUUGGUGCAGAGCGUGAAGUCCAGUUAAAUCCAUUUUGGGGACGAGUUUCAGGCGGAAUAGAGGGUCUCUACUCAGUUGUGGUCCGCCAUGUUAAUGAGCCUGAAGCAAACAGGCCCCAUACACAACCGUUCUUUGCUCACAUAAGCUUUGAUGAACCUGCAGGAGGCUCCAGCUAUCUAUUCAAACCGAAAGAAGUACCUCACCUCACUUACAAAGAAGUAGUUGGAGCUGGGCUCCGAACUAUGAGAAGUCCAAAGAAGGUGAACUUGGUUGCUGCAUUAGUUCGUGGCAUGCGUGUUGAAGAUGCAUUGUUGCAGUUGCAAGUGACAGUAAAACGAGCUGCAAAGACUGUCUAUCAGGUCAUACAUUCAGCCCGAGCAAAUGCAACCCAUAAUCAUGGAUUAGAUCCAGAUCGUCUUCUUAUUGUUCUCAUUUUUACAGCUGAGGCCUUUGUUGGAAAGGGCCUCUUCAAGAAGAGGAUAUCCUACCAUGCCAAAGGUAAAUGUGGGAUGAAAGUGAGACCAGAAUGUCGACUCACUGUGGUCGUUAGGGAGUUAACCCCUGAGGAGGAGGCUGAGAUAGCUAGGCUGAGGGUCAACAAAUUCCUCAAGCUCACGAAGCGGGAAAGGCGGCUAGUACCUCAUGAGUUGAUUGAGACCACUCCAGUUUGGAACCGUAAAAGCAAAGUGAAAAGUCAUGUACCAGGUGUUAUGGCUGCCUGAGCAAGUUUUCGAUAGAGUUCUUCUUAUUUGUAUUCAUAACCUAUGCAGGAGAGUAAUAUUGUCCCAGACUCAUGCACCAGCUCCAUGAGCUUUUAAAUGUUUAAAUGUAGAACUUUCAUAGACAGAUUGCCAUGUUAUAUGCAGUCAGAGAAAUCAAUUUUCA